GUAACAGUAAACUGUUAAUUGGCAUCUCCAGAGCGGAAAAGCCAAAUAAAAAUAAAAAUACAAGAAAUUAAGUGAAAACUAAACCCAAAAUGCUGCGUUUGAGCCAUCAAAUGUGCCGCCAAGUGGCCGGCUCCAGGCUGAAGGCACCCAACAUCCCAACCCUGCAAUUGGUCACCAGAAAGAUGACACAACAGCGAGUGCGCAUGGAUUGGAACACCAGUAUUCCCUCGCCGGCGGCCAAGGACAAGGAGAAGAUCACCGCCUUGGGUUGGUUCCUGCUACUCAUACCCGCCACCACCUUCGGCUUGGGUGUCUGGCAAGUGAAGCGUAAGAUUUGGAAGGAGCAGUUGAUCAAGGACCUAAACGAGCAGUUGAGCGCGGCGCCAGUUCCCCUGCCGGAUGAUCUCAGCGAUUUGGCUCACAUGGAGUACCGCCUGGUCAAGAUUCGUGGUCGCUUCCUGCACGACAAAGAGAUGCGCAUGGGUCCCAGGUCGCUCAUCCGUCCGGAUGGCGUGGAGACACAAGGAGGACUGUUUUCUCAGCGGGAUUCGGGCAAUGGUUAUCUAAUAGUUACGCCCUUUCAGCUGGCCGACAGAGACGACAUUGUGCUCGUUAAUCGCGGUUGGGUCUCCCGCAAGCAAGUGGAGCCGGAAACCCGUCCUUUGGGUCAGCCAAAGUCGGAAGUGGAGCUGACAGCCGUGGUGCGCAAGGGAGAAUCACGUCCUCAAUUCACUCCUGACCAUAAGGGAGGCAAUGUCUACCUGUAUCGCGACCUGCCACGCAUGUCCGCCUCAACAGGCGCGGCUCUCGUGUUCCUGGAUGCCAUCUACGAUGCACAGGCUGCCAAGAACGGUCCCAUUGGAGGCCAAACCCGUGUAACCAUGCGCAACGAUCACCUGUCGUAUCUGGUCACCUGGUUCAGUUUGUCGGCAGCCACCAGUUUCCUCUGGUACCGACAGAUAGUCAAGAGGAAACCCUUCUAGUUUAAAAAGAACAAUAUUGUUAUUUGUUAUAAAAUUUACAUUCUUGGUGUAAA